AUGGGCCAUACAACUUCUGAGGAAAUACACGUUUUCAUGGACGAACUGGAGCCCAAGAGCAGUAUACUUGACAAAGUGGGAGACUUUAUCACCGUAAACACGAAACGGCAUGAUGAGCGCGAGGACUUGUAUGAUCAAAACGACAUAAUAAACAGCCUGAAUAACCGAAGCGGAAGUGAGAACCAAAGUAGAAACGAAAUUGAGAAUGAGAAUGAGAAUGAUGGUGAACAAGAUGAGCUUGCAUUGGAUGACCUGGACCGCGCGUUUGAGCUGGUCGAAGGAAUGGACAUGGACUGGAUGAUAUCUUCACACGCGCACCAUUCGCCGGCGAACACCACUACAAUCAAGCCGCGGUUAUUAUAUUCGCCGCUAAUUCACACACAAAAUGCAAUGCCUGUAACUAUUUCGCCUAACUUGGUCGCAGCCGCCACUUCUACCGUAUCUACCUCAAUAUCCGCCAACAAAGUCACCAAGAACAAGAGUAGCAGCAGUCCGUAUUUGAACAAACGUAGAGGUAAGUCUGGCCCGGAUUCGGCCACUUCGCUGUUUGAGUUGCCCGACAGUGUCAUCCCAACUCCAAAACCAAAGUCAAAGCAAUAUCCAAAAGUUAUUCUGCCGUCGAACAGCACCAGGCGCCUAUCACCCUCCACGACUAAGACCAACAGUAGUGAAGGCGUCGUCGUAGCAAGUGAGUCUCCCGUAAUCGCACCGCACGGGUCGAGCAAUUCCCGGUCGCUGGGUAGGCGACGGUCAUCGGGCGUUCUCGUGGAUGACGACAAGCGUGAAUCGCACAAGUAUGCAGAGCAAGCACGGCGCAACCGCCUGGCGGUCGCGCUGCACGAACUAGCAUCUUUAAUCCCCGCGGAAUGGAAACAGCAAAACGUCUCGGCCGCCCCGUCUAAAGCGACUACAGUAGAGGCCGCCUGCCGGUACAUCCGUCAUCUACAACGGAAUGGGAGCACGUGA